GCAAAAGCAUACCAAAUGCCGUACAUUAUCAUACGCGGAAAUCUAGCCUCCUACAGUCACAAAUAUCCAUGGCGUGUGCUCGUCUCUGGAUUGAAAGCUGACGACAUCGAGCAGUUGAAUAAAUUCUCGUGUGGCGGCUACAGUGAUGAGUCCACCAUCGUCUACUUAGUGCAUCCUUGUCGUAUUUUAUCGGCGCUCGAAAUAUUGGGAUUUCGCGUUGUGGCCAGCUCAUCGACAGCCGUGAAGCAGGACUAUAACGAGUAUAUGUGGACAAUGCGCAAGGAGUUCGACGAACCAGAACCCUUGGAGGCCGAGUCGGUUGUGCGCGAGAAUCUGUCGAAUAUUGGCCGGGAGGCAGCCAGCUUAGGCAACUAUCAUAAGGUGGAUUCACCCGAAUAGGCAAAAUCAUUUCUACCAAAACACAAUCUAAAAUCAGAAAACAAUUUAAAAUAGUUUUAUAAUAUCGUGUGUGCGUGACUGUAACUUGUAUGACACGUGUGCGUGUAUGAUUAGAUGUAUGUGAAGAAAACUAUAGCAACGUAGGGAAACUUGUUCCACAACACAUUCUGAAGCCUUCCGCACCACAA